AUGGAUCUCUUUGUUCGCGCCUCUGAUUCGAGUUUUGCUGGCCUCGUGCAGCCCGCGGCGCAGGCACCGGGGAAGGCGGCUUCAGAGGAGAAGCAGCUUGACGACAAGGAGCUGGAGCUAGAGCGGGAGCGGAAACUGAAGAAAGAGCAGAAGGCUAGAGAGAAAGAGGAGAAAAAGCUCAAAGCAAAGCAAAAGGAGACUGCUAGGCUCCAGGCUCAAGCAACUUCGGAUGGACCUAAGAAAAGUGAGAAGAAGCAAAAGAAGAAGGCUGCGGGGGAUGAAAACCCUGAGGAUUUCAUUGACCCUGAGACCCCUAGUGGGGAGAAGAAAUCGCUUGCACCUCAAAUGGCUAAGCAGUAUAGCCCAAGCGCAGUUGAAAAAUCGUGGUACUCCUGGUGGGAGUCAGCAGGAUAUUUUGGGGCAGACCCUGCAAGCACAAAACCACCUUUUGUUAUAGACGCUAUGAUAAGGUGGAGGAGAAUGUCGGGAUAUAAUGCUCUGUGGGUCCCAGGAGUGGACCAUGCUGGCAUUGCUACACAGGUUGUAGUGGAAAAGAAGCUAAUGCGUGAAAGGAAGCUGACAAGGCAUGACAUAGGCCGUGACAAAUUUAUAUCUGAAGUUCUGAAAUGGAAAGAUCAGUAUGGUGGUACCAUACUGGGUCAAUUACGUAGGCUUGGGGCUUCGCUUGAUUGGUCCCGUGAGUGUUUCACAAUGGAUGAUCAACGAUCGAAAGCUGUAACCGAAGCAUUUGUUAGGUUGCACAAAGAUGGCCUAAUUUAUAGGGACUACCGCCUUGUGAAUUGGGACUGCACACUUUUAACAGCAAUAUCUGACAUAGAGGUGGAUCAUCUAGAGCUUAAAGAGGAAACUAUGCUGAAGGUCCCUGGUUAUAGUAGUCCUGUACAGUUUGGUGUGUUGAUAUCCUUUGCCUAUCCUCUUGAAGAAGGACUAGGUGAAAUUAUUGUCGCAACAACAAGAAUUGAAACAAUGCUCGGUGAUACGGCAAUAGCUGUUCAUCCUGAGGAUAAAAGGUAUAAGCAUCUGCAUGGAAAGCAUGCCAUUCACCCGUUCAAUGGCCGAAAACUCAAAAUAAUCUGCGAUGCUGUGUUAGUGGAUCCCACUUUUGGUACUGGGGCUGUCAAGAUUACACCUGCCCAUGACCCAAAUGACUUUGAGGUUGGAAAACGACACAACCUAGAGUUCAUCAAUAUCUUCACAGAUGAUGGGAAGAUAAACAGCAAUGGAGGUGCACAAUUUGAAGGAAUGCCAAGAUUUGCUGCUCGGGUUGCAGUUAUUGAUGCACUGAAAGAAAAGGGGUUGUACAAGGACACAAAAAAGAAUGAAAUGAAUUUGGGCAUUUGUUCAAGAAGUAAUGAUGUGGUGGAACCUAUGAUAAAGCCUCAAUGGUUUGUUAAUUGCCAUACAAUGGCAAAGGCAGAUGGCUUGAAAACAUACGCGAUUGGUGUGUUUCAAGACAACUCUGGUGGGGACAUCGUGUACCUGCGUGUGCUUGGUUGGCCAGAUGAUACUGCUGAUCUUCGUGCUUUCUACCCUACUUCAGUACUUGAAACUGGACUUGAUAUUCUCUUCUUCUGGGUGGCACGUAUGGUGAUGAUGGGUAUGCAACUUGGUGGUGAUGUGCCAUUUCAGAAGGUGUAUCUGCAUCCUAUGAUCCGUGAUGCACAUGGCCGCAAAAUGUCCAAGUCACUUGGUAAUGUUGUUGAUCCCCUCGAGGUGAUAAACGGUACGACACUUGAAGAUCUCCUCAAACGUUUGGAAGAAGGCAACCUGGAUCCAAAUGAGUUAAGUGUUGCAAGAGAAGGGAAGAAGAAAGAUUUUCCUGAUGGCAUUGCUGAAUGUGGCACUGAUGCACUCCGUUUCGCACUGAUUUCUUACACUUCUCAGUCUGACAAGAUAAAUCUUGAUAUCAAGAGGGUUGUUGGAUAUCGCCAGUGGUGCAAUAAAUUGUGGAAUGCCAUUCGUUUUGCAAUGGGCAAGCUUGGUGAUCAUUAUACUCCACCAGCAACCAUUGUUGUGUCUUCAAUGCCCCCGGUCUGCAAAUGGAUACUCUCGGUACUUAACAAGGCUAUUGGCAAGACUGUGACCUCGUUAGAAGCAUACAAGUUCGCCGAUGCAACAUCUGCUAUUUACUCAUGGUGGCAAUACCAGCUAUGUGAUGUAUUUAUAGAAGCUGUAAAACCUUACUUCUUCAAUGACUCUCAAGAGUUCGAUUCAGCAAGAGCUGCUUGUAGAGAUGCCCUAUGGGUUUGCCUCGACAAUGGUUUGCGUCUGCUCCACCCAUUCAUGCCUUAUGUAACAGAAGAACUCUGGCAGCGUCUUCCUCAGCCCAAAGAUUCUUGCAGAAAAAAUUCCAUUAUGAUAUCAGAAUAUCCAUCUGUUGUUAAGGAAUGGGCAGAUGAUAAACUUGAAAGUGAAUUUGGUAUUAUCUUGGAUACUGUGAACAAACUAAGAUCUCUGAAGCCACCGACAGAUACAAAUGAAAGGCGACCUGCUUUUGCACUUUGUCGAGGCGAAGAUAUUGCUGCCACUGUUCAGUGCUAUCAAUCUCUAGUGGUGUCUCUUUCUUCUGUAUCGUCACUUAAGAUCCUGGCAGAGAGUGACGAAACUCCACCUGACUGUUCGACUGCUGUUGUCAACAAAGAUCUGUCCGUAUACCUUCAGCUUCAAGGAGCUCUAAAUGCGGAAGCGGAGCUCGAAAAGCUUAGGAAAAAGAGGGAUGAAAUCCAAAAGCUACAGCAUGCCCUGUCUCAGAAGAUGGAAGCGUCCGGUUACAGAGAGAAGGCUCCGCCCAGUGUCCAAGAGGAGGACAUGAGGAAGCUCACCGCCUUUUUCGAGCAAUUGCGUGUCAUCGGUGAAGCUGAGAAGAAACUAGAUUUUCGAAGCACAUCUUUCGUGAGAAGGGAUCAAGUCAAUCGUCAGCAGAAUCCUCUGAAUUCUGGCUUAUGGAUCUCAAUCGAGCUUAUUGUAAAUGUUAGUCAGAUUAUAGCAGCUGUUACUGUCCUGUCGAACAUCGAGCAAGAACCAUCAGCCCAGGGUUCAUCUCAAAGGAACAUAUCCGAGUCUGAUUCUUUUGCAUCAAUUUCAUCUGCACAUGCAUCAGAAGCUGUAAACGAAGAUAACAAUACUGGAGUCCCAAGAAACAAUUUCCCGAUUGCAAGUCCAAGGGUCUACGCAUUGGUUGCGUGCUUGAAGUUGGCCUUGGAUUGUUUCUUUGCCGUGUGGUUUGUUGUGGGGAAUGUGUGGAUAUUCGGUGGCCGCUCUUCCGUCCAUGACGCUCCUAACUUGUACAGGCUGUGUAUAGUGUUCCUUGCAUUCGGCUUCAUCGGCUAUGCACUGCCAUUCAUCCUGUGCACGAUGAUAUGCUGUUGCCUGCCCUGCAUAAUCUCCAUGGUAGGCUUCCACGAGGAUCUGGAUAUGAACAAAGGCGCUACCGCGGAAGUAAUCAACACGCUGGUGGCGUACAAGUACAAGUCGAUGAGGAUCCGCGAUGGAGGAGAAGUGGGGGAAGACAAUGGCGGGGUUCUGGCAUCUGGGACCGACAAGGAGCGGACUAUCUCCGCGGAAGACGCCGUUUGCUGCAUCUGUUUAUCAAGGUUCUCAAACAACGAAGAUCUGCGAGAGCUUCCCUGCGGGCACGUCUUCCACAUGGAGUGCAUCGACAAGUGGCUCAAGAUCAACGCGCUGUGCCCUCUUUGCAAGUCCGAGCUGGGCGGCUCAACGGCGGCGUCUUCCGAGGCUGGCCCCGAGGGCCAACACCAACAGAAUGAAAACAGGGAAAGAGGCGACGUCGAGUCACAGCGGUAG